UUAAAAAUAAGGUCAUUUAUUGGCAAAAUGAACCUGUUGGUCUUAUUUCUUUUCUCCAUAAUGCUCUCCAACACAUAUCAAGUGCAAGUAACAGACACUACGGAGACCACAGAAACCAUCACUGAACAAUCCAAGCCUCUCUCGGAUGAAGAUGCCGCAGCAAAUGUACGCAGUUUCAGUUGGUCGGCAUUUUCGAAUAAAGUCUCGGAUCUGUUAGUGGUGAAAAAGAAUGUCAUAGCAGCUUAUCCGCUACAACUGGCCUCAACCCUCAUCGAUAAGUUGUGUACCAGCACUUUAUUUAUGCAUCAUGUGCCACAAAAAUUUACGCCUGAUAUAAAAAAAAUGCAUUUUCAAUAUAUAACCAGCUGCAAAAACUAUAGUGUACCGUUAAUGGAGGCGGAAAAACUUUGGAAACACAUGAGUUUCAAUAAGCUGAGGAAAGUCGUCAUUUUAGCGACUGGUUGGACAAACACCGUAAAUGAUUCGUCGACAUUGGCUUUGCUCUCGAAGGCCUUUCUAUGUAGAAAGGAUGUGAAUUUUAUUAUCGUUGACGCCGCAUUCUAUGUGGACACCCUGUAUAAAUGGGCAGCUUUAAAUACAGAAGAAAUCGGUGAAUAUAUUGCCAAGGGUCUAACGCACUUAAUAAAAGUCGUGCCGCUGAAGAAUAUACAUUUAGUAGGACACAGUUUGGGUGCACACAUAAUGGGCUAUGCGGGACGUACUUUCACCAAAUUGACCGGCUUAACAAUACCCCGCAUUACCGGUCUCGAUCCGGCCAAACCAUGUUUUCGCAAAAACGACACGCUGAGCAGUUUACGUGUCGGCGAUGCGAAGUUCGUGGAUAUUAUACAUACAAAUAUUGGAAUUCUAGCGAAAAAGCAGCCCAUUGGCGAUAUUGAUUUCUAUCCUGGUGGCGCCAACUCUCUACCACCUGGCUGUUUGACCGCCUCUUGUGCGCACACCCGUGCAGCGGAAUAUUUCGCGGAGAGUGUUUAUCCGGGCAAUGCAAAGAAUUUUAUUGGUUUGAAAUGUGAGAAUUGGAAGGCGCUCAGGAAGUUGAAUUGCUCACCCGGCAUCACGUCACCCAUGGGCUAUGCGGUGAAUCAGGAGCGCAGGGGUAUUUACUAUGUACAAGUGAAUCGGAAAUCACCGUUUGGGAAGUUUGUGAAGGCGCAUAGUGAACGUUGGGAAAAUGCCAAGUGUAAUAAGUGCGAAAAGGGGAAGAAAGGAUAAAAAGUUGGUUGCUAAGUAGUGAAAAAGUAAAUGGACUAGAAUUUUCUAUCACUAAGUUAAAAUUAUAAUAUUAUAUAUAAGUAC